AUGGGUAUCCCCAAGUUCUUCCGCUUCAUGUCGGAGCGCUACCCGCUCAUCAGUCAGCUCAUCGAGGAGAACAAAAUCCCCGAGUUCGACAACCUUUACCUCGACAUGAACGGCAUCAUCCACAACUGCUCCCACCCCAACGACAACGAUGCCUCCUUCCGCAUCACAGAGACACAAAUCUUUUUAGCAGUAUUCGCCUAUAUAGAGCAUCUCUUCCACAAGAUCAAGCCCAAAAAGGUCUUCUUCCUCGCCGUCGACGGCGUCGCCCCACGCGCAAAGAUGAACCAGCAGCGUUCCCGUCGUUUCCGUACCGCAAAGGAGGCAAAGGAGAUCAAGGAAAAAGCCGAACGUCGCGGCGAGAUCCUCCCCGACGAGGAAGCCUUCGACUCCAACUGCAUCACCCCAGGCACCCCCUUCAUGGCAAAGCUCUCCCAGCAGCUCGAGUACUUCAUCGCAAAGAAGAUCACCGAGGACGCAGACUGGCGCAACGUACAGGUCAUCCUCUCCGGCCAUGACGUGCCCGGUGAGGGCGAGCACAAGAUCAUGGAGUACAUCCGCCUGUGCAAGGCCCAGCCCGGCUACAACCCCAACGUCCGCCACUGCCUCUACGGCCUCGACGCCGACCUCAUCAUGCUCGGCCUCCUCAGCCACGACCCCCACUUCUGCCUCCUCCGUGAAGAGGUCCAGUUCGGCCCCCGUCGCAAGUCCAAGGGCAGCCUCGAGUCCCAGAACUUCUUCCUCCUCCACCUCUCCCUCUUCCGCGAGUACCUCGACCUCGAGUUCCAAGACCUCCGCUCCUCCCUCCCCUUCCCUUACGAAUUCGAACGCAUCAUCGACGAUUUCAUCCUCCUCAACAUCUUUGUCGGAAACGACUUCUUGCCCCACCUCCCCGGCCUCCACAUCAACGAAGGCGCAAUGGAUCUCCUCUUCAGCAUCUACAAGCAGAUCCUCCCCGUCGCAGGCGGCUACCUCAACGAGAGCGGCCAUCUCCGCACCGACCGCCUCGAGCUCGUCCUCGCGGAGCUCUGCAACUUUGAGAUGGAGCAGUUCGAACGCGAUUACGGCGACACCGCCAACCACAAGGCAAAGGUCUCCAAGAAGAAGAAGGCCAUCACCCAGGCAAAGGCAAAGGGCGGCCUCGUCCUCACAAAGCCCCAGCGCCAACUCUUUGACAACGUACAUGCCUUUGUCAUGGCUCGUCGCCACGACCCCGCCGGCGCUCCCACCGAGCUCAUGGUCCCCGCCGACCUGCCCAACAAGGACAAGCGCUUCCUCGAAGACCUCGCUUCCAGCCUCAAGCUCCGCGCUUCCUUCAACAAGGUCGACCCCGCCUCCAACAAGCCUGCCAUCACCCUCUCCUUCCCCGCCAUCGCCAUCGACGACGACGACAGCGACAACGGCCCCUCGGACGAGGACGCCGACUCGGACCAAUCCUCCGACGACGACGACUCCACCUCCUCCGCGGCCGAGGCCGCCGCCGCACCCUCCAAGCACAAGGGCGCAAAGUCAGAGGCAGACGCCGCCGUCGACCGCGUCCUCGGCCGUUACCUCAAGGCAAAGGUAGACACCGCCAGCGACGACGACGUCGACCCCGAAGAGGACUACAGGAAGCGCCUCGACGCUCAGAUGACCGAGUGGAAAAAGGACUACUACAAGAGCAAGCUCGAGUUCGACUACUCCAAUGACGACGCCAUGUCCAAGCUCGCUUUCCGAUACAUCGAGGGUCUCCAGUGGGUCCUCCACUACUACUACGACGGCGUCGCCUCCUGGGGCUGGUUCUACGACUACCACUACGCUCCCAAGAUCUCCGACCUCAAGAACGUCGGCCAGAUGAAGUUCGAAUUCGACCUCGGCAAGCCCUUCCGACCCUUCGACCAGCUCAUGGGCGUCCUUCCCGCUCUCAGUAGCCAGCACAUCCCCGCCGCCUUCCGCGACCUCAUGACCGACCCCACCUCGCCCAUCAUCGACUUUUACCCGUCCAACUUUGAAGCCGACUUGAACGGCAAGAAGCAGGACUGGGAGGCCGUCGUAAAGAUCCCCUUCAUCGACGAGAAGAGACUCCUCGAGGCGCUCGACAAGCGUGAGGUCUACCUCGGCAUCGAGGAGCGCAAGCGCAACGGCUUCGGCCACAGCCGCGAGUUCACCUACAACGAGGACGGUGAGCUCUUCUUCCCCUCCAGCCUUCCCGGCACCUUCCCCGAUCUGGUGCACUGCCGCGCCGUCGUCAAGAACUUCAACCUGCCCACCCUCGACGGCCUCCACCUCGUCAAGGGCCUUACCAAGGGCGUCGAGCUGGGUGUCCGUGCGCUUGCCGGAUUCCCCAGUCUCAAGACACUUCCCCACUACGGCCGUCUGGGUCACCACGGUGUCAACAUCUUCCAGUCGGACUCCAAGGGCGUCAGCAUGGUCGUCACCAUCGAGAAUGCGUACGAAGACGCAAAGACCGAGGCCAUCGCCAAUGCCAUGAUCGGCAAGCGCGCCUUCUUGAACUGGCCUUUCCUCACCGAAGGUCUCGUCGUCGGUGUAUCCGACUCUCUCUUCCGAUACGAGAUGGGCAUCGUCGGCGGUCAGCAAAAGGUGAUUGCCACCCCUCACCAGUCCGCCACGCUCAGCGACUUCCAGCGAAAGGCCGAACGCGCCGAGUAUCAAUACAGCAAGCGCAUGGGUGUUCUUAUCGGCGACGUCGACGUGCUCGUCCACAUCCGCCCGCUCAAGGGCCUCAAGCGUCUCGAUGACGGCGCCUUCAUCAAGGACUACGAGGAGACCUCCAAGAAGGAGAUCGACCAGGCCGUUCAGGUCACCGUGACCAAUGUCGUGCACGACGACGCUCGAUUCCUCGAGUCGCCCGCCAAGCCCAUCCGUGAGGAGUACCCCGACAAGACCAAGGUCUUCUUCCUGGGCGCCAACGCCUACGGUACUCCUGCGCACGUUGUCGGCAGCACCGACGCCUCGCUCGCCAUCGAGGUGGCCUUCUUCCCCAACCAGGCCAAGGAGAAUGCGCAUCUGCGCAACCUCGUCGCCUCGCGCGCCCGCGUGCAGUACAUGCCGUCGUACCACGUGGCCAAGAAGUGCGGCAUCACCUCGCUCGCGCUCGCCAAGCUCACGUCGAGCAUGAUGCUGGCAUGGAAAGACCAGAAGGUCAACGUCGGCCUCAGCCUCAAAUUCGAGGGCAAGGGCGAAAAGGUGCUCGGCUACUCGCGCAAGUCGGCCAACGGCUGGGAGUUUUCGGACAAGACGCUCGAGCUGGUCAAGGAGUACGUGCAGACGUUCCCCGAGAUUGCGACGAUGCUCAGCCACAGGUCGGGCGUCGAUGUGACGCGUGCGACGCAGAUCUGGGACGAGUCGCAGGUGGACGAAAAGAUGGCCGAACUCAAGGCUUGGAUCAAAGCCAAGGGCGUGCGCGAUCUCGAGACCGUGCCGCUGUAUGCCGAGCAGCUAUCCAAGGACACGGUGCAGCAGAUCGAAGCGUUCACGUCUCGACUCGUCGACACGCGUACUGCGAUCGGCGCCGCGAGCCAGGUGAAGCGCGUCUUCAUCAAGGGCAUCCCGCGCACGGCGCUGCUCAAACCCAACCACGCGCCCUUCCGUCUACAGGCGCAGAGGUUCGAGUUGGGCGACCGUGUGAUCAUGGUGCAGGACUCGGGCAACGUGCCGCUCUCGGCGCGCGGUGUCGUUGUGAGCAUCAACAGCAACUCGCUCGAGGUCGUUUUCGACGUGCCCUUCCUCAGUGGCACCACGCUUGGCGACAGGUGCGCACCGUACAAGGGCGCCACUAUUUCGUUUGUGAGCGUGCUCAACCUCACGCAGCCGCAGUUUGUGUGUGCCGGUACGAGCGGUGAUGGCGACACGAGUGCGUCGGUAGGCAGCGCGCUCGAGCGUACUCUUGGCCCCAUUGGUGGCACGGGCUCUGCGCAGAGCAACGGCAGAGGCAACGGUGCGCACGGCUAUGGCGCUGGUUCAGGCGCUUACCGUCCCCCGAAUGCCUUUACGCCCAGCGAGGCGCAGAACGGCAAGGGCAGGGAAGGCAGCACGCAGAUUCUGCAGAGGCCUCAGCAGCGACACGCGCCCGUGCAGCAGGACGUCGCCUUCUCGGGCGUGGCCAGCGGAAAGCAGAGGCCGACCAAGGCGGCCGCAGCGUCCGGCAGCCAGGUCAACGAGAUUAACCCGAUCAUGGCGGCGCUCGGCAUUCGACCUCCCGCUGCGAAUGGCCACGGUCAGGGUGGUGCAUCCAGAGGCGCGCCGCGUGGUGGCGCUCGACCGCCCGCGGGUGCAGCUCGCCCCCUACCGGCCACCAACGGGCCCCAGGUGGCUGCGCAGGCCAGUGCCAAUGCUGGCCGCGGUCGCGGUGGACGCGGUGGAGCCGGUGCCAACGGACGCGGCCGUGGUGGUGCGCCCCGAGGCGGCCGUGGCGGUCGUGGCGGCGCUGCGGCUGCGCCCUAG